UGGAGCUGAGCGCUGUCCUGAGCUGGACCUUGACGUGCCUGCAGCGGGGGAGCCGAGUCACUGCUGAUCCACUGCUGCAGUAGGCCUGCUGAAUGAAGUCACGUUACCUCAUUGAGAGGGGAGGGCAAAAAAAGAGAGAGAGGGAGAGAGAGAAGCUAACACCAGUGCAGGGGGGCACCCUCGUCCACUGUGAACACGAGGAGAUAGGAGUGUUGGGACGGGUGCUGUUGAUGUGUGGUUGAAGCAGUCACACAACAUCACUGUCCGCUCAGUCGGCUGGAUUUAGUGCUUUGUAAGGAAAGUAGUAAUGGGAUUGUCUCUACGAGGGUCAAAAUGAGCCAAGUGAACCUGCAAAAACUGAAUGAUCUGUGGAGGCGUUCACUUCUUCACUGCAAAUCACUGAAAGAAGAGGACAAGUAUGGAUGUUUGCACUAGUUGAUCCUUUUUUUUGUCAAAGUUAUCGAUGCCCGAUCAACCAAUUUGAUGGAUUACAGCACUGCCAACCAACUGUGAGUUUAUUUAUUACUACAGAAGCAGGAAAAAAGCUUUCUGAAUUCUUAAAUGUUUAGUAAGACAUUUAACAUGUCUACUGAGAAUCACAUUGAGACGGCCGUUCGUCUGCCGCACAGAGGCUUGCAGCUGGGCCUCUCUCCUGAGAGCCAAUACAGCGACUCGUCUCUGAGCCCGUCACCUGACUCCCCCAGUAGUAUUUCCAUCCUGAGUGAGAGAGAAGCCAGCAGCUCCCCUGACGAUAACAUGCUGGAGUUCUGCCUCAGCGCAGCCUCUCCUGUGGAUAACCCUCAGGACACAGUCUUACUGCAGGAUAACUUGUUGUGUGGUGUGAGCAUGAACCUCAACCAAACUUUUAUCACCACACCUGUGAAUGACAGCAUGAAUUUCUGGAAUGAAAACUUGAGUCUGAGGAGCAGUCAAGAGACCACAUCAGAGCAGUGCCAACCUUUUAGUAAGAACGCAGAGUGUGGAAGUAGCAGUGUGGUGACAUCUCCAGACUCUGCGGGGAGGGACAGCCGGCUGAGCUCACGUGAAACGUCCCGUAGAGGGUCUGUGGAGAAUGACUGCUGCUCUAUCACCUCUGGGAGAAUGGCGAUGACGACCAACAGUUUUUGGCUGGCAGACCAGUCCCUUGUGGUGUUCUCUUCCCUGGAAGAAUCUAUCUCUCCAGCUGCAGUACAUCCAGUGUUGCCUGCUGAAUCUGACUUGGUGUCACCCACUCUGCCGGACGUGUGCGAAAAAUCCACAGAAUUAGUCAUCAAGGACAACCUAGGCCACCCGUGUCUUGGCAUGACUUUCACUGAGACAGAAAGCUGGGAGCUGCCCCCUGAGGAAAAUGAUAUGGAAACAUCCAACUUUCUAGUGCUGCCAAGUGAGAAAGAAGGAGGUAUGCUGAUGACCUUUACAUGUGAAGCGUCUCCUACAGAUGCUGAAAAGGAGGUGCAAUUUGCUAGUGCUGAAGGCAAGACCUUUGCGUCCACUCUGUCAGCUCUACAAGACAUUGGUAGGGAUGUUAAUACUUCAACACCAAUACAAAACAUUGGGAACAAGAUACCCAGCCUCCCCUCCCUUUCAGAGUCCCCCUUCACUGGAAACGAGGACAGCUCAGGACUCCACUCUGCUAAACAGCAGCAAAUCUCUGCCACUCCUACAAAACGUCAGGUUGCAGGUCUGCUGCCUUCAGCCAGUGGAGGGAAAAAAAUGGAAAUUAAAAAGUUUCCCAAGACAGACUUCAGCAAUGUAAAGUCUAAAAUAGUGACAAGAAAUGUGCAUCAAAUGGCUUCACAGCAUAAAACACCACAAGAUAAUCACUCAGCAAAACACACUGAAGUACAUAGAGGAGCAUCUGUCAGGAUCAGUCCAGCUAAGGUGAGGAGCAGCUCUACAGUUGCUUCUGCCAACUCUAAAAUGCUCAAUGAUGCUCAGAGACGGAUGAAUAAAGGGGCUGCACACAUGUGCGAGACAAUGAAACAGUCAUCUGGCCACACCUCAGGGGAUGAACUGAAUAACAGGAGAGGAUCCACUACUGAUCACCCUUCACUUGCAAACACACAUGCUUCAGCUGUCGAGUGCAGUAACGCCAGCUCUGAAACCGAGCAGGCAGCCUCAAGUCAACCAGCCCAGCAUGCUGGCAAUGAGACCUUCUGCUUCUCACCUUUAGAAAAAUCCCCCGACAGAGGUGGCCAAGCAGAUCCCAGACCAACUCCAAAGAAAGGCGUGUCAAAGAAAAUUGAGGUCAAGUCAGGCUCCGCUUUAGGUCAAGACAAGCUUCCUGGAUUCAAGACACGGCCUCGCCACUCAUCAGAGAGUUUAUCAUUGUCCAUGUCACCCAAGUUGCAGAGACUGACUCAAAGACUCUCAAUAAGCGUUACCAAUCCCAAAGAUGACAUCCACCUGGGCCAGACCAAACCAGGAAGCCUGACCUGCUCUCCCCAGAAUAAACAGGCCAGACAGGCAAAGGCCACAAAGGGACUUGCUGAAAACUCUAAUAGAGGGGUCAAGAGGAUCAGCCUGGUGGUAGAGUCCAGAAAAGCAACAGCCCCAGGAACCUCAUGCAAUGAGAGUAAGAGCAGAUUUCUAUUACAGCCAUCCCCUAGACAAACAAGAGGAACACCACCGUCACAACCUCCAGCUUUUAGUCCCAGAUCAGCCACUCAGUCAACCAGGCAGAGACAAGCAACCGUGGGGAGAGAUGAAUGCAGGAUCUCCAGAGCUGUAGGCACACCACAGGCCAAGCACAAGAGUGCUACAGGCAGUCAGAAGGCUGAGACAACAGGAGAGCCCUCUCUAGGAACUGGAACUGCUUCAACAGCAAGUAUUAAGCCCCAACUGAAUGGAUCCCGACCUCUACAGAAUCCCACUCGUGCCUCUUUUAUGGGCCAUCCCCCUACUUCUGCUUCUAGACUAACACGCAAGACCCUGGGGCCAUCCAGGAGCCUUACUGGGGCAAGUGUUCACAGUGAGCAGAGUGAAGGUGCUGUCAGUACACCAGUUUCAGGAGGAACUGCACAUAAACAAACUCCAUUCAAAACUACUGCGCUGAAAGCAAAAUUCACCACAACCUCGGGGAAAAUCACUGGACCAACAUGCAAGCCUGCAGCUUCUACCAGCAAAGGACCUUCAAAUUUUACAGUCACUCCACUGAGAAGGACGGCUUCUGCAAGACUUGCUCGUGUAACAUCAAGUGGACCUGUGGACAAGAACAAACCCAAGGCCAACUCCUGCCAGCAACAUCAGCAGCAGCAAGCAUCACAACCAAACCAGAGUAAUGGACCUCCGGAUGUGGUACCAGCGGGUGGCGCAGAGAGUAAAAGAAAGGACCAGAGUAUCCAGAAGCUCAGGGAACUCCUCGCAGCCAGUAACUGCAGAUUUGAGGCAUUCAUCGUCGUCUUGCAGCACGCUCUGGCUGAGCGUGAUGAAGCCACGAGGCAUUGCAGGGAGCUGUCACAGGAGCUGGUCAAUCUUCGAGGAGAGCUGGUUUGCUCAGUCCAUUCGUCUGAACGUCUGGAGAAAGAGAAGGAGGAGCUGCGAUUGGCUCUGGAGGAUGCGCUGCUGAAAGUGCAGGCACAGCACCAGAAGGACCUGAAUGAGCUGGAGCAGAGACUGCAGGCCUUCUACCAGGCCGAGUGGGACAAGGUCCAUCUCAACUACCAGGAUGAGGCCGACAAGUGCAAGAGUCUCAUGCAACAGCAGUUGAGUGAGCUUAAAGCCAAUCAUGAAGCCUUGAAGCUGGAACUUGAGAACAGCCAUACAGAGCAGCUGCAGUGUGUUAAACAGCAGUAUGAAAACUCGCUGGAAGAGCUCAGGAAAACCCACAAUCAGGAGCUGCAGUCUUUGGACAAAACUUUGAAAGAAGGAGAAGCCGCUUUGUCUGGACAGAUUCAGGAGCUGACUGAAGAGAACAAUGCCCUAAUUGAGAAGUUAACGGCAGAGGAGAAGAGGAGGAGAGAGCUGGCUGAAAAGUGUCAGAAGGACUCCCACACCCUGUACCUGGAGCAGGAGCUGGACAGCCUCAAAGUGGUGCUGGAUAUCAAAAACAAACAGCUCCACCAGCAGGAGAAGAAGAUGAUGGAGAUAGACAAACUGACAGAGAAAAAUGUAAAGUUGGACGAGCACCUGAAGAAGGUCCAGCAGGAGAAUGAGGAUCUCAAAGCACGCAUGGAAAGACAUGCUGCACUGUCAAGACAACUGUCUACCGAGCAGGCGGUGCUACAGGAAUCCCUUCAUAAGGAGUCCAAGGUGAACAAGCGUUUGUCGAUGGAGAACGAGGAGCUGAUGUGGAAGCUGCAUAACGGAGACCUCAGCAGCCCCCACAAGGUUUCCCCCACCUCCACUUCACCUUCCCACUCUUUCAGCUUCCAGUCGCCCCGCAGCUCCGGCAUCCUAUCCAGCCCUCCGGUCUCACCCAGAUAACGACGGGGCUCCUGCUUCCAGCAAGCAGACCUUCUCGUUUUUUGAGUUGUCCCUCUGGAAUGAAGAGCCAUGUUUGUUUCCUGUGCGCUUAGCAACACAACAGCUCGAGCCUUGGCUCCGUCAGGAUUGACAUUUUCUGUACAGAGACACUACAAACUGUUUAAAAAAAAAAAAAAAAAAAAAUUGUUGUUGCACAGAAGCACUUAAUAGCAAGGCCACCUUGUUCUUUGCCUUUCACGUCUGAGGGGGGAAGAGGGGGGAGGAAAUCUCAGGACUUCUAUGUAAUGAAACACUAUUUUUGUUACAUGUAGUUGUUGGCAGAGGCUUGUCUUUCCUGAAGCUCAACACACAUACAGUACAUUCAGUAAAAUCAAUAUGCAUACAUGUGCAGACGUAGCCCUGCAGUAUGAGAGAUGUCUUUGUGUGUUUGGAGACUACAGCCAUGGAAAGUCUGGAUUCAGAAUUACAGAUGCAGAUGACAUUGUCCCUCCCCGGGAUGUACUUGUAUUUAAAUAUGUUCGACAUAUGUAGCGGCUUCUUUUGGAUUCCUGCACCAUUUCUCACCGCUAACUGUGCAAGAGUGACACUUAAAACUGUCACGUUACCAACACACCCACUGCGCUGUACAGACCCUCCAUGUACAAAAAAAAAAAAAAAAAAAAGACGUUAUCGUUUUCAUACGCAGGCUGUUUUCCAGCCCAGAUCUCUCAUGGGCAUGUUCAGAACUUCCAUAAGGUUAUUUUUAGAUCAACAGUUUUGAAUAAGAUCUGUGGCCUCAAACAUGUUUAUUUUUUUCACUUUUGUUUGUUCGACCAAGGGACCAAUCCAAGUCUUUGUGCAUGUGUUCGGUUCUUGUCAAACGCCCCACCCCUUAACUGAACUCCCUCACGCAGCUUUAAAGUCGGGGUCUUUGCAAAGAGUUGACGGGAAGUAGCUUUGCUUGUACUUGUCGGAGACACUGCAGCUUGGAUAUGUCUCAAAAGAGUAUUUGUGUGGAAUUGAUGUUAUCAGUGUGUUGAUCCUGUUUGAAAUAUGCAAUUAAUAAAAGUCUUGUUUUAAAUCUGGUAUAUUAAAGUCAA